CGUCUGACACGACACCGUCUGCUGCAAUCGUUGUCUUCUUCUUCACACUCGCCACACCUACUCUUCACAAUUCUCAAACCCUUUCUUCUACUCUCUCACACUCCCCAUCUUUCUCUGCGAACUUCCCUUCACUAGAACCCUUCACCACAUCCACCGAACCCCACUCCCGGAUCCCGAUUCCACAAAUCCGAAGCUCCACCACCCGAAAACCCGAAAGCUGGAGCAAUUGAAGACGAUCGGGCGAGAACUCGCCAUGGGAUCCCAAGGCGGGUUCGGUCAAUCCAAGGAGUUUCUGGAGCUGGUCAAAUCAAUCGGAGAAGCCCGAUCCAAAGCCGAAGAGGACCGCAUCGUCGUUCGCGAGAUGGAAACCCUAAAACGACGAAUCUCCGAACCCGACAUCCCAAAACGCAAGAUGAAAGAGUACAUCAUUCGCCUCCUCUACGUCGAGAUGCUCGGCCACGACGCGUCGUUUGGAUACAUCCACGCCGUUAAGAUGACCCACGACGACAACUUAAUUUCCAAACGCACCGGCUACUUAGCCGUCACACUCUUCCUCAACGAAGACCAUGACCUCAUCAUCCUCAUCGUUAACACCAUUCAGAAGGACCUUAAAUCCGAUAACUACCUCGUUGUUUGCGCCGCCUUGAACGCCGUCUGCCGCCUCAUUAACGAGGAAACCAUCCCCGCCGUGCUGCCUCAAGUGGUAGACCUUCUCUCUCACUCUAAGGAGGCCGUAAGAAAAAAAGCCGUUAUGGCUCUUCAUCGUUUCUUCCAUAAAUCUCCCUCCUCCGUUUCACAUUUGGUCUCCAAUUUUCGCAAGAAGUUGUGUGAUAAUGACCCUGGGGUCAUGGGUGCUACUUUAUGCCCCCUUUUUGAUCUCAUAACCAUCGAUGUUAACCCUUAUAAGGACCUUGUUGUUAGCUUCGUUAGCAUUCUUAAACAAGUAGCAGAACGUAGGUUACCUAAGAGCUACGAUUAUCACCAAAUGCCAGCUCCGUUCAUUCAGAUUAAGUUGCUGAAGAUACUUGCAUUGUUGGGGAGCGGUGAUAAGCAUGCUAGUGAGAACAUGUAUACUGUUAUUGGUGAUAUAAUUAGGAAGAGUGAUUCGACGAGUAAUAUAGGGAAUGCUAUUCUUUAUGAAUGCAUAUGCUGUGUUUCCUCUAUAUAUCCCAAUCCUAAGUUGUUAGAAGCUGCUGCCGACGCUAUUGCGAGGUUUUUGAAGAGUGACAGUCAUAAUCUCAAGUACAUGGGGAUUGAUGCCCUUGGUCGGCUGAUAAAGUUAAGCCCGAAUGUUGCUGAACAACAUCAACUGGCCGUGAUUGACUGCUUAGAGGACCCUGAUGAUACGCUGAAGCGAAAAACUUUUGAACUGCUAUACAAAAUGACUAAGUCCUCCAAUGUGGAAGUGAUUGUUGAUCGGAUGAUUGAUUACAUGAUUAGCAUAAGUGAUGAUCAUUAUAAAACCUAUAUAGCAUCUCGAUGUGUAGAACUUGCUGAGCAAUUUGCACCAAGUAAUCAUUGGUUUAUACAGACCAUGAAUAAAGUUUUCGAGCAUGCUGGAGAUCUUGUGAAUAUUAAGGUGGCUCAUAAUUUAAUGCGAUUGAUUGCUGAAGGAUUUGGAGAGGAUGAUGCUGCUGCAGAUAGUCAGUUGAGAUCGUCUGCUGCUGAGUCAUAUUUGCGCAUUAUUGGAGAGCCGAAGCUUCCGUCAGCAUUUCUUCAAGUCAUCUGUUGGGUUCUGGGGGAAUAUGGCAUGGCAGAUGGAAAGUAUUCUUCUUCCUAUAUCACUGGGAAGUUAUGUGACAUAGCAGAGGCAUAUUCUAAUGAUGAAACUGUUAAGGCAUAUGCGAUUUCAGCAUUGAUGAAAAUUUAUGCAUUUGAAAUAGCAGCUGGGAGGAAAGUGGAUAUGCUACCAGAGUGUCAAUCUUUGGUCGAAGAACUAUUAGCGUCCCACUCUACUGAUUUGCAGCAACGUGCUUAUGAAUUGCAAGCCCUUAUUGGUUUGGAUGCACGAGCUGUUGAAACAAUAAUGCCGCAAGAUGCAAGUUGUGAAGAUAUUGAGGUUGAUAAGAAUCUUUCUUUCCUCAAUGGUUAUGUCCAGCAGUCUCUAGAAAGGGGUGCUCAGCCCUAUAUUAACGAGGAUGAGCGUACUGGAAUGGUGAAUAUGAGCAACUUCAGAAGCCAGGAUCAGCAUGAAUCUGCACAGCAUGGUCUGAGAUUUGAGGCAUAUGAAGUUCCAAAGCCUCCAAUGCCAUCAAAAGUUGCUUCAGUUUCACUUUCAUCCUCAACAGACCUUGUUCCAGUACCUGAGGCAUUGUAUCCUAGGGAGACUCACCAGAUCUCUUCAGUUGGAAUAGCAUCAGAGACAGGAUCAUCAGAGCUUAAGCUAAGGCUUGAUGGUGUUCAGAAGAAGUGGGGUAGGCCAACUUAUUCGUCUCCAACAUCAUCUUCCUCAAAUAUUAGUUCCCAAAACCCAGUGAAUGGGGUCACUCAGGUGGAUGUUACAACUGCUGUAAAUUCAAAAGCACGUAAUAGCUACGAUUCUAGAAAGCAAAAGAUUGAAAUUGAUCCUGAAAAGCAAAAGCUUGCUGCUUCAUUGUUUGGUGGUUCAACUAAAGCUGAGAAAAGAUCAUCAACUAGCAAUAAGGUUCCAAAGGCUAGUGCUAGUGCUGCAGACAGAUCUCAGGAAUCAAAAGCUGAAGUUGUACCCAAUGAAGCAACUGGGGAGAAAACUAAUCAACAAUCUCCUCCAGAUUUGCUUGACUUGGGUGAACCAACUGUCACUGUUGCACCUCCCCCUUUGGAUCCAUUCGAGCAACUGGAAGGACUUAUUGACCCAAGCAUUAAUUUUACUAAAAAUCAUAGUGGUGGAGCUGCUACAAAUGCACCUGAUGUUAUGGCACUCUAUCCAGAGACUACUGCUAGUGGACAGAGUAGCAGCGGUGGCUAUUCUAUCUCUGUGAGUGGGGAUAAUGUAAAUCUUUUAUCUGAGUUGUCGAAUGCAGCCGUCACAGGUACUACUGGAGAAACAAUUAUGACGCCUUUGUCACAAUCUGUAAAGGGUCCAAGUGCUAAAGAUUCUUUGGAGAAGGAUGCAAAAGUCAGGCAGAUGGGUGUGACGCCCUCAAGUCAGAAUCCCAACUUGUUCAAGGACUUGCUUGGCUAAUCUGAUUAAAAGGACAAUUCUAAAUCAUAUGAUGUUUGAUGAUAGAUUACCUUGCGACUUGCUGCUCAUGCAGUUUCCAUAUCUGAUAUAUGCAAAAUUGAAUAAUAUAAAUUACGAUCAGACAUGGAUAGUUGCAGCCAUCCAGAAUGGGGUGAUACCAUAUCCAGGAAUGAUGGCUAAGCCAGGUAAAGAGUUCUUGUUGCAGAAUAUAGCUUUCGUAGCAAUUGAAUGCAUGAGGCUUUCCUCGUUGCAUCCAGGUUUUGGUCCACUCUAGAUUCUGAAGGGUACUGUUGUGCACGGUCAUUGCAUUUUACUCAUUAAGUUCGGAGUCAUCUUUGUUGUUCUACCAAAGCUGUAACUUUUUUGUCCUAAUUUUUGUGCAUUUUUUCAUGUAUGUCCAUAUAAUGGUUUUUCCAACAGUGAGAAGCUUGAUAUUGCGGUCAUUAUGAGUUUGAUGUAUGGCAUUUGUACACGUGAAAGUUUGUGAUAAAUGAGGGUAGGGUCAUCCAUUCCUUUGUAGAAGACCAUGUGUCCAUGAUUGGCUGUGUUUCAUUCUUCUUUGUCCUCAGGUCGUUCUCCAUUUAUCUAUCCCGCUGAUGUUUCGGGUAUUGUCUUUGCAAUUCGUGCUUCCUUUUUUUUUUUUGGUAUUCUGCUAUAAAUUUUAU